AUGGUUAAUAUGAGAGAGCCACUUCAAGCUGAAGGAGAUAUUGAAGUCCCUACUGAUGAUCACUGGUUUGAAUCAGACGAAGAAACAACCGAUGAGGAAUCAUGCAUCGGAGAGCCACUUCCAGCUGGAGGAGAUGUUGGGAUACCGACUGAUGAUGACACGUUGAUAUCUGACGAUGAAAUGAUCGAGGAGGAACAUUGGACCAUAAGAGAGCUAGAAUUACCAUCCAGUUUUCUCACGUCUGAUGACGAAGUGGUAUCAGAAAUGAGGACUUUGAUUUCUACCUUGGAGAGGAAACAUCUACCAAUCAACGAAUUAUCCUCACCAACAAAUGGUCCUCAUGAUCCUGAAGAAAAAAUCACCGUUGAGGACCCCAUUUUUUACAUGGAUAAAGAAACGAGAGAUAGGUUCAUCGAACUAAGGGAAAGAUACAAAAAGCAGUUGAACCUUGACGAUGACAUGAAGUUGUAGGACCAUGGACCUGAAGAAAUCUAAUUUCGAAAUAAG